AUGCUCAACUUUCGCGGCAACGUCCUAACCAGGUCCCUCCCGCUGCUGAUCACACAGCCAUCGAGCUAUGCGCCGCCCAGCCCCCGCGCCGCUUGGCAGCUUCGCCGAUACAUCUGCGCGAUCUACGCCGUCAUUGCGAUCGUCGGCGUCCUUCUUCUCGCUACACGAGAAGCCCGCGAGCCCGCGCCGUCCAAAGGCGUUCAGCGGCAGUACCUCCAAGGGCGCAAGAUCUUGAUCGCCGCCAACUACUUCAACAACAUGGACUUGCUUGACGCGCAUUGCGACGAGAUGGUACUGCUGCUCGACGCGCUCGUUCUUGCGGGCGCCACGCCGUACGUGUCCGUGUACGAGAACGGCUCUGAGGACGAAACUCCGGCCUUUCUCCGCGAGUGGAAGCGGCGGCUGGACGAGCGCGGGAUCGCCAACACGAUCCACGUUGACGACGCGCCGUCCUGGAGCGCGGUCUUUGAGGAGAAGAAGAAGAAUGGUACUGUCAAGGGCGAGCACAAAACGGCCAUUCGCAUCGGGGCCAUGGCCGACAUCCGCAACAAGGCGCUCGCACCCCUCGAUGCGUCUUUUGAUGACAUCCUCUUCUUCAACGACGUCGUCUUCCUCGCCGACGACAUUCUGCGCCUCUUGCUCACCGCGCGCAUGGAGUACGACGUCGCGUGCAGCAUGGACUUUAACCGCAUCACGCUCUACGACACGUGGGUUGCGCGCGACGUGAACGCCGAGCGCAUGUCGUCAUUUUACCCGUUCUCGGCCGACAUUGUGACGCAGGGACUCAUUGCGCACGGCCGGCCUUUCCCAGUCUCGAGCUGCUGGAACGGCGUCGUGGCCAUGAAGGCCGCGCCGUUUCUCAAGCACCAGAUCCAGUUUCGCACGUGGCGGCCGCAAGAGCUACGGCUCCUCGGGCGGCCCAGCGCGCUCCAGGGCGUCAUCUACAACGACUCGUGCCCCGCGUCCGAGUGCCUCCUGAUCUUUGAAGACCUCACUCGGCUUGGUUACAACCGGUUUUACAUGCACCCGACCGUGCACGUGACGUACUCGACCGUCGACUGGUCGCUGCAUCGCGCGCUCGGCGGUGCACUCAAUCUUAUCGCGUCUUGGACACUCACCUUGCACCCGCAUGGGCGUGUGCCACCGGGGCACCGCAUCCCGCAAUGCGGUCUGGCUCGCGACAUCACGGUGCAGACGUGGGUCCUUCCCGCAACGUUGUGCCUCAAGGUCGUGGUUGUGUGGCGUCUCCUGCGCUGGGUGCGCCCCGGCAAGCUCGCGAUCGAGUGA